AUGAAAGGCAACAUCUCUGCAGUCAGCAGUUGCUGGGAGGGGCGGGCCAGUCUGCUAGAUAGAGGAUGAGAUAGGGAGGGAGGCGAGGCUCUGAAUCAGCAUAGCAUUGCUCGCAAGGACACACAGAGAAGGCAUCUCUCUGAGCAUCACCGACGCCAGAUUUGUGUGAGGGUUAAAGACAUGAGAAACCCCUUGCGAUAAGCUUUGCUUUAUCUGCUCCCUCAUCCUCGCCAGGGAAGCGGGUUGUUUUGCAUUUGGGGGUUCGCUGUCUGGAGGAGGGGGAGCAGUGACAGCUGGAGGGAGAGAUAGGGAGCACGUACUCCCCCACCACCGCACCAGGAUUGGUGUCGCCAGCUGGAUUUCCUAUUUUCAGGAGGAGUGGGGUUUGGGUGUCUGCCAUGGACUGGGGGGGUAUCUGACUUUGCGGGUACGGAGGAUGCAAGUACUGAACUGUGCAGUCGGCUCCACACACGGGAGUGAGAGACUUAUUGGGGGCACCGCAGGCUUUUCUACAGCUAACAACUCACACUAGAACUGUCCCAGUGCCGACAUCAGCACACAUGCACAGGGAUGAGCUGCACACACAUGUACAGGGCUUACAUACCUUCAGGGGCAAAUAGGAGCGCACGGCUGUAGGCAAAGGCGUACAAACAAUAGUCCCGACCGCAGCACCUGACAGACAGCAGCCCUGGCCGCCCCAGGAGAGACGAGCAGUCCCAUGUGAUGUGCUGCUGAGAUAAGGCCUUGCAGACCCUUGUCCUCUCCUCUAUUGGAAUUAUCUGUGUGAAAUGUGCAUCUGACAGGGCAUUACAGGGUUUUGACAGCAAUCACGGAAGCUGUGAUAGGGGCCUGUUGCCACAUGUAUCAGACCAGAAAUUCCCAGGUAUAUACGCCGCUUCAGCUGCUGAUCAUUUAAUCUCAAGAGUGCAUGAUUGGCUGUCGAGAGAAAAGAAUCAACUUUGUUUGCCAAUCAAAGUUCCUCUGUGCGACUCUUUAAGGUGAGUCCAGGAUCCAGUAUGAUUCUCCAACUGCCAUCCUGUCUGUGUCCCAUCCUUCUGAUUGUUGUUGGAUCCAUUUUGUCUGGCUCGGCCUCAGGUUGUCCCCAGCGCUGUGAUUGCUCUCCUCAGGACCGAUCUGUGCUUUGCCAUCGCAAACGUUAUCUUGAUGUCCCCGAGGGAAUUCCCACAGACACACGAUUAUUGGACCUCAGCAAGAAUCGUAUCAAGGCUCUCAACCAGGAUGAAUUCUCUGCCUUCCCAUAUCUAGAGGAGUUGGAGCUCAAUGAGAACAUUGUGAGCAUAAUUGAACCUGGAGCAUUCAAUGGUCUAUUUAAUCUGCGGUCACUGGGACUGCGAAGUAAUCGUCUCAAGCUAAUCCCUCUAGGUGUGUUCACAGGGCUUAGUAACCUAACCCAAUUGGACAUCAGUGAGAAUAAAAUUGUUAUACUGUUAGAUGACAUGUUCCAGGACCUUUACAACCUUAAGUCUCUUGAAGUUGGCGAUAAUGAUCUGGUUUAUAUCUCCCACCGUGCCUUUCGCGGUCUCAAUAGCUUGGAAGAGUUGACAUUAGAGAAAUGCAACCUCACCUCAGUGCCCACAGAGGCACUUUCCCACCUUCAUGGCCUCAUCACCUUGAAACUUCGAUAUCUCAACAUAAAUGUAAUUAGAGAUUACUCUUUCAAAAGGCUGUACCGGUUAAAAAAUCUGGAGAUAGCACACUGGCCAUAUCUGGACACUAUGACAUCUAAUGGCCUUUAUGGACUGAACUUAACUUCUCUUUCUAUUACACACAGCAAUCUUAGCUCUAUACCUUAUGUUGCAAUCCGUCAUCUUGUUUAUCUCCGCUUCCUCAACCUCUCCUACAACCCCAUUACAGCAGUGGAGGGCUCCAUGUUGUAUGAGUUGCUGAGAUUGCAGGAGUUUCACCUUGUUGGUGGUCAACUGUCUGUGGUGGAACCAUACGCUUUUCGUGGUCUCAACCAUCUGAAGGUGCUCAAUGUCUCUUCUAACUAUCUCAGUACACUAGAAGAGUCCUCUUUUCAUUCUGUGGGCAACCUGGAAACACUCAUACUGGACAAAAAUCCAUUGGCAUGCGACUGCCGUCUUUUGUGGAUCUUUCGACGACGCUGGAGGCUUAACUUCAGCCGACAGCAGCCCUCCUGUUCUAGCCCAGAAUAUGUACAAGGAAAAGAGUUUAAGGAUUUCCCCGAUGUCCUUCAGCCUAACUAUUUCACAUGUCGGCGUGCUCGCAUUCAGGACCACAGUGCGCAGGUAGUAUAUGUGGAUGAGGGUCACACUGUACAUUUUUUCUGCCGAGCAGAUGGAGACCCUCCACCAACUAUUCUGUGGCAAUCUCCACGAAAGACAUUUAUCACCAGCAAAAGUAAUGGGCGACUGACUGUAUUUCCAGAUGGCACACUGGAGGUGCGCUAUGCUCAGGUACAAGAUAAUGGAACUUAUCACUGCAUAGCAAGCAAUGCAGGUGGCAAUGACACCUCCUUGGCCCAUCUCCAUGUGCGAAGCUACUCUCCUAACUGGCCUCACAAACCCAACAAGACCUUUGCUUUUAUGUCCAAUCAACCAAAUGAGAGUGAUGUGAACAGCACCCGAGCAAGUGUUCCCUUCCCAUUUGAUAUAAAGACUUUAAUUAUUGCCACAACAAUGGGUUUCAUCUCUUUCUUGGGUGUAGUCCUCUUCUGCUUGGUCUUGCUUUUCUUAUGGAGCAGGGGUAAGGGCAACACCAAACACAACAUUGAGAUAGAGUAUGUGCCGCGAAAGUCUGAUGCUGGACUCUCUUCAGCAGAUGCCCCUCGCAAAUUCAACAUGAAGAUGAUCUGAUGUUGAGAGUCAUUGGGGGAAGUGGGAGACAGGGUAAUAGGGGCAGGUAGUGGAAUGCACGGGACUCGUUCUUGCCCCAUCUCUUUUGCUUAACCCUAUGAGGCAAAGCUAUAUGACUUCCUGAAGGAUGGAGCAUUAGUGACAGGGAUUCUUUGAGCUGUUCUUGUUGACCUGCAGCAGUUGCCAGUUUUGCGAAUGACCUUUGCACUUUUAACCCUGUGAAUAUGAUCCCCAAACUUCUCCAUAUUUCAGAGUGCCCACCUGUAACCCACCCACACCACCCUAUUGCUGAUAUGGGGGCAUGAGGGUGCAAUAAAUAAAGAGUAUGAGGCAGUGGAAAGACUUUCAACUGUCUGAGUCCGGAAAAGCAAGUUGAAAUAUAGGGGAAUUGGGAGGGCAAAAUUGACUCCAGUACUGAACUUUGACCUCUGUAUCUUCUCCUGAUUUCAAUACCUGUGAUUUUUAUGGAAAAAAAAAGAAAGAAAUAUUAUUGAAAAAAUAAAGAAAAACUGGAAAAUGCCAAAAGACGUGA